UUGGGGAAUCGAAGUCGGAAAAACCCUAAUAUAAAUACAAAGAAGCCUUUUAUUUUCUCUCUCUUUCGCUUCAGAUCCUGUUUAAGAGUUUCUCCACGCCUCUAUUACACUUUCGUUUUUUCAAUCUCGUUUCACUUCAAAUCAACCUAAUUCAAUCAUGGCUGGAGUAGCUCCUGAAGGCUCACAAUACGAUGCUCGUCAGUAUGAUAACAAGAUGAGUGAAUUGCUUUCUGAGGAAGGAAGUGACUUUUUCACUUCAUAUGAUGAGGUGUAUGAGAGCUUUGAUAAGAUGGGUUUGCUAGAGAACCUUCUCAGAGGAAUCUAUGCUUAUGGUUUUGAAAAACCGUCUGCUAUUCAACAAAGGGGAAUUGUUCCUUUCUGCAAGGGUCUUGAUGUCAUCCAGCAAGCUCAAUCUGGUACUGGAAAGACUGCUACUUUUUGUUCUGGAAUUCUGCAGCAGCUGGAUUAUGAAAACUUGGAAUGUCAAGCUCUUGUCCUUGCUCCAACUAGGGAGCUUGCACAACAGAUUGAGAAGGUAAUGAGGGCCCUGGGUGAUUACCUGGGUGUUAAGGUUCAUGCUUGUGUUGGAGGAACAAGUGUACGCGAAGAUCAAAGAAUCCUCGCUGCAGGUGUUCAUGUGGUUGUUGGUACACCAGGACGUGUCUUUGACAUGCUGCGUAGACAAUCUCUGCGUGCCAAUAGCAUUAAAAUGUUUGUUCUUGAUGAAGCUGAUGAGAUGCUUUCUCGAGGUUUUAAGGAUCAGAUCUAUGACAUCUUCCAGCAAUUACCCCCAAAGAUCCAGGUGGGAGUAUUUUCUGCUACAAUGCCACCUGAGGCCCUUGAAAUUACUAGAAAGUUCAUGAACAAGCCUGUACGUAUUCUUGUGAAGCGAGAUGAGCUAACCCUUGAGGGUAUCAAGCAGUUCUACGUGAAUGUCGACAAGGAAGAAUGGAAGCUUGACACUCUUUGUGAUCUUUAUGAAACCCUGGCAAUCACCCAAAGUGUGAUAUUUGUGAACACAAGGAGGAAGGUUGACUGGUUGACCGACCAAAUGAGGGCCCGUGAUCACACCGUUUCAGCCACUCAUGGAGACAUGGACCAGAACACUAGGGACAUCAUUAUGCGUGAAUUUCGUUCCGGGUCAUCCCGUGUCCUUAUUACCACCGACCUUCUGGCUCGUGGUAUAGAUGUGCAGCAAGUUUCUUUGGUGAUCAACUAUGAUUUGCCGACUCAACCAGAGAACUACCUUCACAGGAUAGGACGUAGUGGACGUUUUGGAAGGAAGGGUGUCGCCAUUAAUUUUGUGACCAGUACUGAUGAUAGGAUGCUCUUCGAUAUCCAGAAAUUCUACAAUGUGACGAUUGAGGAGCUCCCUGCCAAUGUUGCGGAUCUAAUCUGAUGACUAUAAGUUGUCAACUUUGUUUUUGUUUUGAGGUAAGAUGAUUUGUCUGUCCAGCUAGUAAAAAUAUGGACGAUUACUGUGUGUUUUGUCUUUCUUUUUUUUCUAUUCUGGGAACAUCACUUAAUUGUGUUGUGGAUGCCCCAGGUUAAAAUUUUGUAGGUGGGUUAGAGACAAGUUUAAAUUAUACUCUUAUCGUAUUUGGCUCAA